UUAUACUAUCCACAUCCAUUUAUACAAGACAUCGUUUGGGCGUUCCUUCAUAAAAUUGUUGAACCUAUUUUGAUGCAUUGGCCUUGUAGCAAGUUGAGAGAGAAGGCUAUUAAUACUGCUAUCCAACAUAUUCAUUAUGAAGAUGAGAACACUAGAUAUAUUUGCAUGGGUGCAGUUAACAAGGUACUUAAUAUGCUUUGCGUCUGGAUUGAAGACCCAAAUUCAGAGGCAUUUAAGUUACAUCUUCCACGAAUAUAUGAUUAUCUAUGGUUAGCUGAAGAUGGAAUGAAAAUGCAGGGCUGUAAUGGCAGCCAGGUGUGGGACACAGCUUUUGCUGUUCAAGCAAUUAUGUCAACUGAUCUUUCUGAGGAAUUUGGUGAAACACUCAAGAAGGCUCACGAAUUCUUUAAAUGCUCACAGAUCCUUGAAGAUUGCCCUGGUGAUCUUGAUUUUUGGUACCGCCACAUCUCCAAAGGUGCAUGGACCUUUGCAACUGCAGAUCAAGGGUGGCCUGUCUCAUUGCAGCAAAAGGCGAAGCCCUCGCCCCCAGGGCCCCCACCGACCGGACCCACGGCCAUCGUGAGGGAGGUAAAUCGCAGCACCCGAGCUAGUAUGGGACGGACCGGGUGGGAUACAGGGAUAGGGGAAGGGUGGCCUGUCUCAGAUUGUACAGCAGGAGGACUUAAGGCAGCCCUCUUGUUAUCUAAGGUUACUCCAGAGAUUGUUGGUGAUCCAAUUGAAACAAGGAAGCUUUAUGAUGCUGUUAAUAUCAUCCUUUCACUAAUGAACAAGGAUGGUGGUGUUUCCGCUUGGGAACCUACAAGGUCCUAUGCUUGGUUGGAGAUUUUUAAUCCCGCUGAAUCAUUUGGAGACAUUAUGAUUGAUUACUCGUAUGUCGAAUGCACCACUUCAAUGAUUCAGGCAUUGACAUCAUUUAAAAAGUUAUAUCCAGACCAUCGGCAAGAUGAGAUAGAUGAUUGUAUUAACAAAUCAGCCCAUUUUCUUGAAAAGGCACAGCGAGAUGAUGGUUCAUGGUAUGGAUGUUGGGGAGUUUGCUUCACUUAUGGCACAUGGUUUGGAGUAGGGGGAUUGAUUGCCGCUGGAAGGACAUACGAGAGCAGCUCUUGUAUUCGAAAGGCAUGCAACUUUCUAUUAUCUAAACAACUCGCCUCUGGCGGCUGGGGAGAAAGUUAUCUUUCAUGUCAAGAUAAGGUCUACACAAAUCUUAAAGGCAAUAGGAUUCAUGCAGUGAAUACAAGCUGGGCAAUUCUAGCUCUAAUCAAUGCUGGAGAGGGUGAUAGAGAUCCAAGACCAUUGCAUAGAGCAGCUAAGGUAUUAAUAAAUAUGCAAAUGGAGAAUGGCGAGUUUCCCCAACAAGAGAUUAUGGGAGUCUUCAACAAAAAUUGUAUGAGCAGCUAUUCAUCGUUUCGAAAUAUAUUUCCGAUAUGGGCUCUCGGAGAAUAUCGCACUCGUGUGUUGUGCCCUAAAGAACGUAAAAUCUUACCUAAUACACUGGUAUGAUUGAAAUUAUUAUGAUCAUAAUAAGCCAUUAAAUUGUAAAAACAACUAGU